GGAAGUGGGAGGCCGGAAGUGGGGUUGGACAGGUUAUCCCCAGUGGGGAAGCAGAGGCCCUGGAGGAGGGGGAGAAAAAGCAGGCAGAGGAUCUUGGCUACUACUCUGAAUCGGAUACCGAUUCUCCUAGAACUCAAAGACACGGAAAAAGGGAGGGGCGUCUCAUCCCCCCCUUCCUCCCCGCCUCCUUUUUCCCAGCCUUAGCCAUGGCCGAGGCAGGGGCUGGGCUGAGUGAGACCGUCACUGAGACAACGGUUACCGUGACAACCGAGCCCGAGAACCGGAGCCUAACCAUCAAACUUCGGAAACGGAAGCCAGAGAAAAAGGUGGAAUGGACAAGUGACACUGUGGAUAAUGAACACAUGGGACGCCGCUCAUCAAAAUGCUGCUGUAUUUAUGAGAAACCUCGGGCCUUUGGCGAGAGCUCCACUGAGAGUGAAGAGGAAGAGGAAGGCUGUGGUCAUACACACUGUGUACGGGGCCACCGUAAAGGACGGCGUCCUACAACUCCAGGACCGAUCCCCACAACUCCUCCCCAGCCUCCUGACCCCUCCCAGCCACCUCCAGGGCCAAUGCAGCACUAAAUUCCUCUCCUCCACCAUUCCUGUGUCUGUCUGGCCCUGAAUGUAUCCAUGUGGCUACCUGGGGACUAAACCCAUGGUUUGAUCCCUUCUCCAGCCACCUCCUUCCCUCUCUCCUGCCUGUUAGGGAGAAGAGGAAGAGGUAGGUGGACCAAGAUCCUGAAUUCUGACUUGCUGCUAUUCCAGAACCCAGGCUUUGGGGUUCUCCCAGCCCUCGUUUCUCCCCACACCCCCACCCCUAGUUCCCACUUUUGCAAGGAUCUAGGCAUCUUGGUCCCAGUCUGUUCCCUUUGUUCUCACUGCCAAACUGCCUAUCCUGGGAUUCAGUUGUCUUAGCCCCUGCAUCCUCAACUUGAGUCCCAAACAUUUAAAUUGGGUUUCCAGCAAUCCCAGCUUUCACUGCCAGGGUCCCAGUCAGAUUCCAGGCAAUCUUGCCCCAGCUAUGCUUAUUAAUACUGGCUUAGAGUUCUUCCACUUACGCAUUUAUAUAGUCCUCAUUCUUAGUCCUUGCCUGUGGGAUGUAAAGGCAUAUGAGAGACCACAGGACUCCUAACCCUUCCCCUCCUGCAUACCCCUUUCUAUUCUCAGAAGGAAUUAGAAGAGCGAGGUCUUUGUCAUUCACACCUCUAAAGGGAAAUGAAUAAGAAAUAGUCAAGUCUUCUCUUCCCACCCUUUAAAAGCUGGCUUGAGACUGGUCACUUAGAGCCAACUAUCUUGUCAGCCUUUGGCCUUUUGGCUUCAGGGAUAUUCAACAUAGUCCCAGGGCCUGGGCCCCUAGAAGAAGAACGCAGAGAGAGAACAAUGAGAUUGGGGCCUGUCCCCUGCACUAUACUCCUACCCCUUUUCUUCCUAGACUUUGAUGUCUCUUAUCAGCCCAGAUGUCCAGCUCUCUUGGCCCUCCCAAACCCCUUAUUGGGAUCUGAUUAUCAUUUUCCAGGCAUCAUGCCAUGCAUAGUUGCAGAGAUCAGUUAAGUCUAUACCACCACUGAGAUCUCAUUUAUUGCCACAGAUGCACAAAAUAAAUAACCCAACAUC